CGAUCAGUCGCAGUAAAAAACGAACCGUCAACGUGUUCGCUAUAUAGUGUUGUUUGUUAUACAUACUGAGCAUGUGAUGUUUUCAUACACUAACGGUUAUUAUUAAAACAAAAUUUAUUUUAUAUGUUCAAAAUGAUUUGUCGGAAUCUAUUUUCUUUUAUUGUGUGUUCUGUUAUAAUAAGUUCAUCGCUGUCGGCUUCCAGGAUAAUUAAAGAAUCGUAUAACAAUGCACGUCUGAAGAGAGUAAGCCCAGAAAAUACUGCUGUGUACGGUUUCCGUGCGCAGGACCGGAGGGACUCGUCCGCGGACAGCCAACAGUUCUUGCCGGCGUUCGGGCCGCUGUUCAGCCAACUCGGCCACCACGCCCGGCCGCCCAGACUGUACCAGGAGGCUGACUAUCUGCCCGAGCUGACGCCGUACCUUCAGACGGCCGCGGCGUCCAACCACGAGAGCGCCAUGCUAGGUUCCGGCAACUUUGGCGUCAUACCGGGCGGCACGUAUUACGCGGCCGGCGAGACAGCUUCCGCUUCCGAUCCGUACUUGUACGACGGCAACAGCCACGGACGACCGCACCGGUACGUUCAGAGGCACCGAAUAAAUGCCAAUAGAUUUUCUGGAAAUCCUAGACCAUCAGCAUUCCGUGAUCCAGAAGACUUUUUUGCUGGGUUCCGAGACUUCGCAGAUAUCACAGCUCCUACCAAAUCAUCGUUUUCACAAUACCAUAUGGUAUAUGCCCCAAUGGAAGAUUUACCGUCCAGCGAAGAAAAGGUUAAGUCGAAAAAAAAGAGGAAAUUGAACAAACAUUUAGAGAACGAAAAUGAUAAAACAAUUAAAGCUAAAAGGAAAAUGCAUGCGGGUGAAAAAGAAUUAUACGAACCUAUGAUUGCACUAAGUUAGACAGUAUUAUACAAGAAUGAGUUGUUAAGAUGUUAUUAUUGUUAUUAUUAUUUCGAAGUACAAAAUAUGGGGAUUUCUUUUAUUGACUAUACAGUGAUAUAAAAAUAAGAGCUCCGACUGGCAAAGUUCUUUGAACUCGAUAUUUUCAUCACAUCGUUUUGUCAUUUAAAAUGUUUUAUUUAACAAAUAGAUCUAUAAAAAAAAACAUUGCUUCCCAAUGUACUAAUGUACUAUACUAUUACUAUAUUAUGUUUAAUAUU